AUGACAGUACUACUAGUUCGUGUAGUUUACACAGCUUUCAUCUUCCUCCUCUUCUCAGCCACGACCGGCCGGGCCACCGUGGUUUUGCAUGUUGACCAGGCCGGAAACGGAGAUUACCGGAGGAUCCAAGACGCGAUCGACGCCGUCCCGGCGAAUAACUCGAAGCACGUUUUAAUUGUGAUCAAGCCCGGAGUUUACCAAGAAAGGGUCGUGGUUCCAUCAAACAAGCCUUUCGUAACGCUUAGUGGUACUAGUAAACGACAUAAAACCAUAAUCACAUGGAAUGCUUUUGGAGACAUAUUUUCUUCUCCCACAGUUACCAUUUUUGCAUCUGAUUUCAUUGGCCGAUACCUCACCAUUCUGAAUACGCAUGGAGCGGGUGCUAAAGCAGUUGCAUUGAGGGUUUCGGGUGAUAAGGCAUCGUUUUACUGGUGCAGAAUUCAGUCUCACCAGGAUACAUUGUUGGAUGAAAAGGGAAGGCAUUACUACAGAAACUGUUACAUUGAAGGAGACACUGAUUUCAUUUGCGGAAAUGCAGCUUCGGUCUUUAAGAAAUGCCAUUUGCAUUCACUUUCUCAAGGAAACGGGGCAGUAACUGCCCAACAGAGACAAUCACCGGAGGAACAAACCGGGUUCAUUUUUGUGGGUGGUAAAGUGAGUGGAUCAUCCAACAGUGCUGUGCUUGGGAGGCCGUGGGGUACUUAUUCCCGGGUGGUUUUUGCAUUCACUUACAUGUCCAGCGUCAUCAAUCCCGAGGGUUGGGAUGAUUGGGGUAACUCUUCCCGGCAAACGACAGCAUUCUACGGGGAGUACAAGUGCAAAGGAGCAGGGGCGAGCAGUUCAAACAGGGUGAAUUGGUCCCACAGCCUAACAUCAGAUGAAGCUGAACCAUAUCUGAGUUGGGGUGCCAUUGGUGGGCAAAGUUGGGUAAGAUCUGCCAUUGCACGCUUGAGAAAAAUAUCCUCAAAGAUCUCCUAA